AUGGUCUUAGAGGCAGCAAAACCAUUAAAUUGGACCAUGAGUAGUAUUGCCGACACAGUGAAUAAGGAGGACUCCACUGUCCGUGUCUUUGUUGGGAAUUUGCAGAAUAACCUCGAUGCGAGUCUCGAGGAUUUAUAUAAGAGAUUUGGUACUUUUGGCCAAUGUGUGGAUCCUGUAUUUGAGAAACAUAAUGGAUUUGCUUAUAUUAAUAUGACAUUUGAAGAUGGGUUGGCAGGGUUUAAAAAAUUAAAGAACAGUUUGAAUAAUGUUAAAUUCAAGGGGAAUCUUUUAGUAAUUGAUCAGGCAAAACCCGAUUGGCAAGAAUCUUGGAAGUUAAGACAGGAGAGUGAUGAAAGGGAUAAUGUCAUUAAGGAAAAGAAGAACAUGAAGAAGAAUUGGGAACAUUAUAAGAAACUUGAGAAUAUUGCCAUGUCUUGGAAGGAUCAUAGAGAAGUUAUACCCGGACGUGUGAGGAAGACACCGAGAAGCAAAUAUGGAAUGAGACAUAUCACAUUCAGGAUUAAUGUCGAAGGUUCUUUAAAAGUUUAUAAAUGUUAUCAAACCAAACUUUGGGGGUAUGAAAGAAAUAAGGAUUUGAGAGAUUUAGUAUCCAAGUUUAUUAAUGGUAAAUGGAGAAAUGGGUUCGAUCAUAUCGUGGACAGAUUAGAUUAUAGUAGAGCCAAGAGGUCUGCUGGAGCCGUUCAUUUCAGAAAUAAAAAUGGUGAUACUUUAUCUGUCUCAGUAAACAAUAAUACUACCAAUAAGACCGAUCAUAAUACUGGUUCGACAACGAUAAUGGGGGAUGAAGAUUAUUACGAUGAUGAUGAGCAUUUAUCAGAAGAAGAAAAGACCAAGAAUAAUGAAGUGUUAUCAAAGGUGUUGCAAGGUUUCGAUUUUGAUAAGCCAAUGUUGGUAGAUGACGAAGAUGAUGAAGGAAGUGCAGACGUCGUCAUGUCUGAUUAUGAAUUAGAAGCAAAAUUUAAGGAUCUUGACAACGAGGCACCAAAGAAGGAAGUGCAUAAACCGGUGAGUAACGUUGUUAAAUUUGAUGAUGAUGUUGCUGAGGAAAAAGGCGAAGAGGAACAUGUGGAGGAGGAGGAGGAAGAAGAGGAUGAACCAAUACCCACAUUCGGAGCUUCUGUUGUUGAAGGUACUGUCAGUAACACAGAUACAUUAAGAACGUUAUUCAAUCCAGAACAAGUUGAGAAUCCUGCCUCGUUUAAAUUAAUCGAGGAUUCUGAUGAAGAUAUUGCCCAUGAUGCGAACAAUGAAAAGUCGAGCAAUGAAAUACCGACGACACUGCUGGCUUCUUUACCCAAAUAUGAACCUUUACCCGCAACUAAGAAGUCACAAGAAAGAACGAAUCAUUUAUUUUUCCCUCAUUUCGAAUCACCCUUCUUGGUUGGUCAAACACAAUUAAAUAAAUUGGUUACUAAUUCCGUCAAGAAAGAUGAAAUAUUAACUGCUUGGGAAGAUCAAUUCUGGGAAAAUAGAGGUACAUGGAUGAGAGAAAUGAAGAAUAAGAAGAGAGAUGCUCUACGACAAUUAAGGAAGAGGAAAGGUAAAAAUGGUGGAGAAAUGGCUUUAAUUUAG